AAGCACGGGCCUCCUUGUGCUUGCCGAUGCCCGGCCAUUAGAGGAAAGAAACCGACCGGCACCGGCGCUCCGGCCAUGGACUCUCGCCCCCUCCCACCUUCCCCAUGCUAGCCCACAUGCUGCUGCUGCUGCUCUCUUCUUCUUCACUCCACUCCACUCCACUUGCUGGCGCCGGAAUUCUUGACAGUCAGCUGAGAGUACGUUGGUUGGGGAGGAGCGAUAGGUAGAUACGUGUACUGUGUACGAUGGUGACGGCGAGGGAGGCCAGGGAGGCGGCGAUGGACCCGAGCAAGUACGUGCGGUACACGCCGGAGCAGGUGGAGGCGCUGGAGCGGCUCUACUACGAGUGCCCGAAGCCGAGCUCGCUGCGGCGGCAGCAGCUCGUCAGGGAGUGCGCCGUGCUCGCCAACGUCGACCCCAAGCAGAUCAAGGUCUGGUUCCAGAACCGGCGAUGCCGCGAGAAGCAGCGCAAGGAGUCGGGGCGGCUGCAGUCGCUCAACCGCAAGCUCACGGCCAUGAACAAGCUGCUCAUGGAGGAGAACGACCGCCUCCAGAAGCAGGUCUCGCACCUCGUCUACGAGAACGGCUACUACCGCCAGCAGACGCACAGCGCGGGGCUGGCGACGACGGACACGAGCUGCGAGUCGGUCGUCACCAGCGGCCAACAGAACGUCGUCGUGGCGGCGCCGCAGCAACAGCCUCCGCCGCGCGACGCGAGCCCUGCUGGAUUGAUGUCUAUCGCCGAGGAGACUUUGACGGAGUUUCUGUCCAAGGCCACCGGAACCGCCGUCGAGUGGGUCCAAAUGCCUGGGAUGAAGCCUGGUCCGGAUUCCAUUGGAAUCAUUGCCAUCUCGCAUGGUUGCGCGGGUGUCGCUGCGCGAGCUUGCGGCCUUGUAGGCAUGGAGCCUGCUAAAGUCGCCGACAUUCUCAAGGAUCGGCCACUGUGGAUGCGUGAUUGCCGGUCUAUGGAGGUAGUGAACGUGCUACCUGCAGGCAGCAAUGGCACGAUUGAGCUGCUCUACAUGCAGCUCUACGCUCCAACGACACUAGCGCCUGCUCGUGAUUUCUGGUUGAUGCGGUACACCUCUAUUCUUGACGAUGGAAGUCUAGUGGUCUGUGAAAGAUCACUCAGUAGCAAGCAAGGAGGCCCAAGCAUGCCCCUUGUCCAGCCGUUUAUUAGGGGUGAGAUGCUUCCCAGUGGGUUCUUGAUCCGUCCGAGUGAUGGUGGAGGUAGUGUGAUUCACAUCGUUGACCACUUGGAUCUGGAGCCUUGGAGCGUGCCUGAAGUUGUAAGACCACUGUAUGAAUCGUCAGCCAUUAUUGCCCAGAAGAUGUCGAUGGCGGCACUGCGCUAUCUCAGGCAGGUAGUUCACGUAGAUACUAAUUCUGUAAUCACUGGAUGGGGCAGACAGCCUGCAGCCUUACGGGCUCUGAGUCAAAAGCUCACAAGAGGUUUCAACGAAACUCUUAGUGGACUUGCUGAUGAUGGAUGGUCUGUAAUUGAGAGCGAUGGCGUAGAUGAUGUUUCUAUCUCUGUUAAUACAUCGCCGAGUAAAGUGAUAGGUUGCAACGCAGCAUUCAGUGAUGGUCUACCCAUAGUUAGUACUGGUGUUCUUUGUGCGAAGGCGUCGAUGCUGCUGCAGGAUGUCUCCCCACCAUCUCUCCUGCGGUUUUUGCGGGAGCACCGAUCACAGUGGGCUGACAGCAGUUUAGAUGCAUUCUUUGCUUCGGCGCUGAAACCCAAUUUCUGCAAUUUGCCUAUGUCUCAUCUUGGGGGAUUUAGUGGUCAGGUCAUACUUCCUUUAGCACACACGUUUGACCCUGAAGAAUUCUUGGAGGUUAUCAAGAUAGGAAAUGCCAGUAACUAUCAAGAUGCAGUCAUGAAUCGUGACCUUUUCCUGUUGCAGAUGUACAAUGGAGUAGACGAGAACACGAUAGGCACUUGUUCAGAGCUUAUCUUUGCACCCAUAGAUGCAUCUUUCAGUGAUGAUUCUCCUCUGCUGCCUUCUGGUUUUCGCAUCAUUCCGAUUGAUUCUCCUCUUGACACAUCUAGCCCGAACUGCACACUGGACCUUGCGUCCACCCUUGAGGCUGGAACACCCAGAAGCAGGAUAACUGGUGGUACCGGUGUUAACUCGAAGGCUGUGAUGACAAUUGCAUUUCAGUUUGCCUUCGAGAGCCACCUGCAAGACAGCGUUGCGGCCAUGGCGCGUCAGUACAUGCGCAGCAUCAUCUCGUCAGUGCAAAGGAUAGCGCUGGCGCUGUCAUCCUCACACCUCGUGUCUCACGGCAGCAGCCGUCUCCUCCCACCUGUUACUCAGGAGGCAGAGACACUCUCCAGAUGGAUUGUUCAGAGCUACAGAUUUCACUUUGGGGCUGAGCUCAUUAAAUCCGCAGAUGCUAACAGCGGCGAAUCGGUGCUUCAAGCCCUUUGGCAUCAUAGCAGCGCUAUACUAUGCUGCUCUCUGAAGGCCAUGUCAGCGCUGACAUUCGCGAACCAGUCCGGGCUGGACAUGCUGGAGACGACUCUGGCAGCGCUCCAGGACACCACCCUGGAGAAAGUCCUGGACGACCAAGGGACGAAGAACCUCGUGUGCGCCGACCUGAUCGCCAACGUCAUGGAGCAGGGCUUCGCGUGCGUCCAGGGUGGGACCUGUGUGUCGAGUCAGGGCAGGCCAGCGUCGUACGAUAAGGUGGUGGCGUGGAAGGUCCUCGACGACACCAGUGGCGCCACCCACUGCAUCUGCUUCGCGUUCCUCGGCUGGUCUUUCGUUUCAUAGAUCCUUGUUGUUG